GUGCUCACACCAGGCCCUGCAGAGCCAGGCUGGUGGUGGCUCAUUGCUGCCCUUGUAGGUAUGCUCUGUUAGCUGGGAAUGGAUGGUGCUUCAGGAGGGCUCAACUGGAGACUGUCAUGGCCUGAGUUGGGGCUACUGGACAAAGGCUGGAGCCACAGAGCCACUGUGUGGUUGGUACAGGGACGUGUUGGAGAGCAGUGGCUGUCUCAUAGCUGGGGAAGCUCUAGGUGUGGAGAAUGUGGAGGACUUGGCCCAGCACCAGAUUCCCCAGGAAGAGCAUGGCCCGUGUGCAGUGCCUGGAAAGGAGGUUCCAGCUGCAGAGGGCAUUGUGGCCUCCGCAAGACAGCUGAUGCUACAUCUAGAAAGGCGGGAUGUUGCCAGCUUUCAUUGUUGUGUGCACAUACGUAUGCAUGUGUGCAUGUAUAUAUGUGUGUGUGCCAGCUACUGGCCUAACCUCUUUUGAAGCGUGGCCCCAAGCCUGAGCUGGGGGUGCUGUCCUAUCCUGGGAGCUCAUGGCCUCAUGUUUGGGCCUCCGCUUCUCUCUUCUUCCUUCUGUGGCUGUGUUGUGCACAGCACCCAGGAGAUUGUAUGCCAGGUGGGCUGUCUCUGGGGGACUUGGCUUAAGUGACCCUCUGUCUUGAUUGGCAUCUCUACAAGGAGUCUGUCACAGUGGUGUCCUCUGAUGUGCUGGGUAUGGCAUCUGCUUCAGCUCUCACCUUCAUAGUGGGCUUUCGGCCCUGCCUUUGUAACAGUCCCUGCUGUGGCAUGUGUGGGGAUCAGGAUGGGAGCCUUGAUUCUAAAGCGGGAGUGACUGCCUGAACUCAGUGUGAAAGUGGGGAGCUAGGGUCAUGCUAGAUCUGAGCACUGGUCCAGGCAUAUUUGAAAUGGCUUCUUGGGAACCCCAAAACCGAGUGUGUGGCUUCUAACACCAGUGCCCUCUUCACUUCUGACUGUGCAUCCAGCCUGUAUGGUUUCUCUUUCAUGUUUGUGGCCCCUGGAGAUAGAAAAUGUACUAGGACUGAGCUCCAAGGCCUCUUGUACCGACCAUGUUGCAGAAGAACAGUUGUUGUGUCUCACUGGCCUCGUCAUGCCCCUCGAGGCCCUGCGUGUCCAUCAGGCUGGGAACACAAAACAGCUCCAUAAAUAGCAUGUGCCCAGCCUGGGUGGGCACUGUUGAAUUUGGGCCCGAGGUGAAAGUACGUCUCUCAGAGCAGAGCACCUCCUCCCCUGCAGCCCGCUCCCAAGGCCCCUCCAUACCAAGCUUGCUACUGGAACAGAGCAUAGGAUGAAUGCCCCGUGGGCUGUCAGGAAGAGUUCUGGAAGAGGUGGGGCUUAAGGAGGUGAGGGCAGCCCAGGGAGGGGCGCUUCCACCCUGCUGAGCUUGUUGGUGAGGGUACAAACCAAUGGAGAGGAGACUCAGGCUUUCCUCACUCAUUACGGCAUGGCAGCCUCAUGGAGAAUGUGCAUAAUGUAGCUGUCACCACUGUCUGGUUCCACAAGGUUUCCUCACUCCAGAGACAGUCCCCAUGAGCCAUCCACCCCAGCCAUACUCUUGGUCCCCAGCAAACCCUUUUGCCUCUGGAUUCACUUGUUCUGUGAAGCCCCACUCUGUGUGGCCUUCUGUGCCUGGGUCUCUCAUAGGGCAUGAUUGACAAGUGUGAGAGUCUUGUUUCUUUUCACAUCGCUAUGAUGCUUCAUUAUGUGUCUAUCAAUGUGUGGACCCUGGCCUGUGCCUUUUGAUUGCUGUGGGCGUUCUGUGUGUGAGACUGUGAUGGGUGCCGUGCAUGCACGUGGUGGUGGAACUUCUGGUGUUGGGGUGCUGUGUUACUGUCUAGGCAUCAGACCUGACCUAAGGGGAGCCUCUGUGACUGGCUGGUGACCCCCAUUGUUGCACAGUGGUGCUUAUGUAGGGCCAGUGUUUUCCUCGCUGGCACCAUGGUAGCCGUUCCUGCUGCUGCUGCCAGUCUCUGAACUUUCCUUUAGCCCAGCUUGGGGGAUAUCCAGGUUAUGAGGUGGAAUAGUGCUUGGGAGAAGCCCUUGUGGCCCUGUCGUAGCUCAUUAGGUGCUGAGCCUUUGCCACCAGACAUGGGGCUUUGCUUUUAUGAAGCAGUUCCAGUGUCCUGAUGGUCCCUGGGAUGGAGCCAGGUGUUAAAGGCAAGCAAGAGACUUGACCCCCCACCCCAUGUCCAGUGUGUUCCCAGAUGGGCGGCUUCACAGCAGGCAGGGCCGGCUGAGCAGUAUCCUCUGUUACAGGGAGAUCCAGCUGCUGCGGCGGCUGCGGCACCGGAAUGUGAUUCAGCUGGUGGACGUGCUGUACAAUGAGGAGAAGCAGAAGAUGUAUAUGGUGAUGGAGUACUGCGUGUGUGGCAUGCAGGAGAUGCUGGACAGUGUGCCGGAGAAGCGCUUCCCUGUGUGCCAGGCCCAUGGGUACUUUCGCCAGCUGAUUGACGGCCUGGAGUACCUGCACAGCCAGGGCAUUGUGCACAAGGACAUCAAGCCGGGCAACCUGCUGCUCACCACCAACGGCACGCUCAAGAUCUCCGACCUGGGUGUUGCCGAGGCCCUGCACCCUUUUGCUGUGGAUGACACCUGCCGGACAAGCCAGGGCUCCCCGGCCUUCCAGCCACCCGAGAUUGCCAAUGGACUUGACACCUUCUCAGGUUUCAAGGUGGACAUCUGGUCAGCUGGGGUCACACUCUACAACAUCACCACGGGCCUGUACCCUUUCGAGGGAGACAAUAUCUACAAGCUGUUUGAGAACAUCGGGAGAGGGGACUUCACCAUCCCUUGCGACUGCGGCCCACCACUUUCUGACCUGCUCCGAGGGAUGUUGGAGUAUGAGCCAGCCAAGAGGUUCUCCAUCCGACAGAUCAGGCAGCACAGCUGGUUCCGGAAGAAACACCCACUGGCUGAGGCGCUGGUGCCCAUCCCCCCGAGCCCAGACACUAAGGACCGCUGGCGCAGUAUGACAGUGGUGCCCUACCUGGAGGACCUGCACGGCCGUGCUGACGAGGACGAGGACGAGGACUUGUUUGACCUUGAGGAUGGCAUCAUCUACACCCAGGACUUCACGGUGCCCGGUGUCGAGGAGGCGGCCGAGGCAGGGCUUAGCGAGGAUGCAUGCGACACAUGCAUGUGGAAGAGCCAGGGCGCAGGCCUUCCUGGAGAGGAGCCCGAGGAGGGGUUCGAGGCCUUAGUGUAGCUCCCUGGCUGCUGCCCUGCCCAUGUCCUCCAUAAAGCUUUGUCCACUGUGUCUGCAGGUGGAUGCUUGCCGCGACUGCCCUUCCCUGUCACUACCCUGGCAGGGUUCCCACCAGGGUACCAAAAUAUACCAGGUUCAAGGCCUGAGCCAGGCCCUCAGCACCAAGGUUACCGCUGGCUAGAUAGAGCUCUGAGGGCCCUUUUCCUGUGCCCCUUAAGCCAGCCCUACUGGAAAGCAUCUCCUGGCCCUUCAGACAGUUGCGUGUGGGAGGGUCAGGCCCCUGGACCCCUGGUGUCCCUGUAGCAAUUGAGGAUUCAGGAAGCAGUACCAGCAGUACCUGAGUCCGGUAUGAGCUCUAGCCACAGUCGUUCUCAAGAUUCACAGUCCUAAUAGCAUCUUCUGUUCAGACAGCGAGGGCCCUGUCACCCUGAGCCCUUGCCUGGAAUGUGUACCACUAGCUAGCUGACCCCGGCAGGACCUCCAUGUGAGCUCAUCAGUGGGGGAGGGAUGCACUUAGGACGCUGACUGCAUCUUUGGGACACUCAGGGAGGCUGUGGUUUGAAAGAAGGCAAGGCUAUGGGGAGGGGUCUGGGGACAUUGUCUGGGUGGCCAAUGGGUCCCAUGUGUCACCUGGAAUAGUGCUGUACAGUGGCAGUACCUCAGGAUAGCCUCGGCACAGGACAGGUGCCUUGUGGGGAGGGAUUUCCUGCUACAGGGGCCACCGUACCUCAUGCCUCAGUCUAGCCCAGAGUGAGGGCCAGGGUGGGUGCUGCCAGUCUUGACAGAAUCAGAAGUUUUGGGAGGAGGGACUCUGGAUACGGGUGGGGUGGGGGGGUGCUGUUGGGUUCCCAUAGUAACAUCUCAAACACCUGGUGGCUGUGCAGUUACAUGCUAGAGACUGCCCACUUGUUGAGGAACUUUGGGAGAGGUGACUUAUCCCCACUGUGAUGGCAGGCCAGCAGAGAAAGCUAGACCUGUAGCCCUCAGCUGGACGGUGCCCACGUGCUCAGCACAGCUAGUAGACCCCAGGCUGAGUGCUUCAUCUCCAUGGGCCUCUUGUGGGUCCAGAGCCUGACUCACUUGGAGAGCUCUGUGAGCUGGUGCUUGGGCUACCCAGGCUAGACAGGCA